GCUUCGUCACCAGCAUUCGUGUUAGCGUCUGAGCGUCCACACCCUAAACUGCCCUUUGCUAUUAAGUUCAACCCUUUUCUCUCCUACCGUCUACCAGUCCACUAGCCCUCCUUUCUCCUCCUCCAUCAUCAGCUGCACCGAUGUGACUCUCACACUUCUCCAACUUUUCUGACUGUUUCUAACUAUUCUUGCUCAACUGCCUUGUCUUUAUCCAUAACUCAUUUCUCUCAACCUUUCUUUUAGCCGACCUUUUUGUAGUGAAUUUGAAGAAACACAACACUUCAAGCUGUUUUCCUGUUCCUUGGUCCUCUAUUUUGACCUUCGUCUCCAGGUCCUUGUACCGAAAAUUCUGCUCAAAGGCCCAGUUUUUGUUCUUGAUAGAUUAUUUCAUGUUCUUUGGUCCAUGCCCAUUUGGAUUUUAGAUGAUAUAUCUUCUUGUGGAAUGCUAUCAUAAGUGUUACAGGGUUAUCGGGCUUAUGAAGCAUUACCUGUUUAAUUUUUCACUUUGUUUUGUUAUCUCUUAGUAGAUCUUUGAAGCCGCAGCUGUAGGUGAGUUCCCCUGUUUCUGGGACUCUAUUUCUUUUGUUAAAUUUUGGGUCUUGGAGGCGUUCUUGGCUGGUCAAAGUUAGGCUGGAGAAUUUUAGAAUUUUGGAUGUUCUUGUUGAAUUUUCCCAAGAUAGCUCGUUUUUAGCUGUUCUAUUUCUUAUGGUGAGGGUGUGAGAUAGUCUUCUCCCAGAUUAUUUUGGGUGUACUUUUAGCUUGUUAAAUUAGGGUUUCAUUAGGAUUCUGAUGGCUGUCAAAGCUUAAUUCCUGCUUAAAAGGGUUCUUAACUAUCAAUUAUGGCGGCAAGCGAGCACUAUUUUGUGGAGUGGAAAGAGCAAUAUGUAUCAAAAGAGAGGGGCAACCGUGUGGUUCACUAUUUCUUGAAGGAUAAUUCAGGGGAGUCCAUUCUUGCUGUUGUGGGUACUGAGAGGAGUGUUAGACACAUGUUCUAUGUUGUAUCUGACGAGUUCUUGAGCGCCCAUGGGGCCGAUAACUCAGUCCAUGCUGGCUUCAGAUGGAGAUCGAGGAGAGAGGUUGUGAACUGGCUUACUUCCAUGUUGUCAAAACAGCAUAGGCAAGGAGAUUAUGCAAUGUCACCUAAAGAUGACCCUAUUUCUGAAGUAAAUGCUCAGAAGACCCACAUGCCACCUCAUAAGGGUCGUUUAGCAAGGAAUCUGAAAGGUCAUCAUUUAGACAUUUCAUGGUCAGGUUCAGCAUGGGCUUGUGGUAAACAGCUGAAGCAUUAUCCAGCGUUUCGCAGGAAUGGGAUUUCAAUAGCGGUACAAUCAUUUGUCUUUGUAAUGGCUGAAAAAGAAAACCGCUAUAUUGCAUAUUUGGAAGAUAUGUAUGAAGACAGAAAAUGCCAGAAAAAGGUCAAAGUGAGAUGGUUUCAUCAUAAUAAAGAAGUCAAGGGAGUUGUUUCUUUACGGGAUCCUCAUCCUAAAGAAGUCUUCAUCACUCCAUAUGUACAGGUCAUCAGUGCUGAAUGCGUUGAUGGUCCUGCCAUAGUAUUAACCCGGGAACACUAUGAGAAAUGCUUGGCAGUUUUUCCACAUGAUUUGUUAGGCGGAGUUCAUUUCUGUUUCAGACAAUUCAAGAGCAACAGGAUAAAGCCUUUCAAAUUAAGUAAAUUGCGUGGGUAUUUUGAUCAACCAAUUUUCUCGUGCUUUAGCCCAGAUUUUUUUGAGGAAGAAGAGUUUAGCUGUGAGGAUGAUGUAAAAGUGGGAGCUAAACGGAAUAGAAAUUUCAGGGAGCAUCAUAAGUUGACUUAUGAUUUAUCAUACAAGAAACAUGUUCUACUGAGUAGGGAGCCUAAUUUCGUGAAGCAUGAUGAAGGCCACUUGAGGCAUACGCCACUUUUUGCACUAAAUGAAAAGGUAGAAUUUCUUUGUCAAGACAGUGGCAUUCGUGGCUGUUGGUUCAGGUGCACAGUCUUAGAGGUCUCCAGGAGACAAAUGAAAAUCCUAUAUGAUGACGUGAAGGAUGAAGAAAGUUGCACCAACCUCGAGGAAUGGGUUCCUACAUAUAGAUUGGCCAAGGCUGAUAAACUAGGGAUGAGGCAUGGUGGCCGGCCAACUGUGAGGCCUGCCUAUCCUUGUGAUGAAAGGAUCCUUAGCUUUGAGGUUGGAGAUCCAGCAGAUGCCUGGUGGAAUGAUGGUUGGUGGGAAGGUGUUGUCUCUGGAACUCGUGAUGGUAAAAAUGGAAUUUAUCAAAUUUAUAUUCCAGGUGAAAAUUUGUAUUUGAAUGUUGAGAUGAAGAACCUAAGAGUUUCAAGAGAUUGGAUUGGUGAUCGGUGGGUCAAUGUUGAGCCUAAUCCUAAUAUUCUCCACGUCUUAUCUGCAACUAGUAUGGAUACUAAACUCCCUGUGUCAUCCGCUGUUCCUAAAGAAGCCAAAUCUGAUAAUUCUCCAACUUCCUGUCUUAAAGUUGUCACCAGUCACAAACUCAGUGCUGUGGAAGAGGAGAAUGACGACUUAGCAGGCAUGACACUGACAAAUGUCCCUCUGAAAGAUGAUUGUACUAGCAGCGAGCAACAGCGACUUCUUGAAGCUGAAGAAAAGGAUUAUUUUUCUAAUGAUGAAGAGGAGAAGGAGAAUGCAGAUUGUGACUUGGGUGGUGCUAGUGUUGUAAAAGGUUCCAUUCUUGAUGGCAAUGGUGGUGGUGAUGAGGGAAACAACAUUGAUGAUGGCAACGGGGAUAACAACUUGGUCGAAUGUGAGAUCGCUGAGCUGAAAUGUGAAGUGGAAACAACAGAAAUGCUGACAGAAUGUUGAGGAAUAAGCUCUCCCGCUUUUUGUAUACGGUGGUAUAAUUUAUUGUCACAGUAGAAUAGUUGUACAUGAAGAUAACAGGUAUCUAUUGUAAGUUUGCUACUUGGUAUGUAAUUGCUAGAUGUACAGAAACGAGUCGGAGGUCUGAUCUUCAGAUUAAGUCAUUCAGCUAAUUGUCCAUUUGACAGAAAGAAUCCGGAUCUUAAUCCCAUGUAGUACCUGGGAUCUUUCUGUCACUCUUUGUCGACUCACAGUGUGGAUUAUGUGUCUGUAUGCACUUCUUGCUCAUACUAUCCCUGAAAUGCUUAGUUCAUUAUUGCUUCG